AAAGAUUAGAAUAUAUGCAUAUAAAUAUAUAGAUAUAGAUGUCUUUAUAAAGAGCCAAAAGAGUGGAAGAGGAGAAACAAGAACUAAAGCUUAGUCUUUUGCUUUUCUUUUUUUGCUCCUCUUUUAAUUUCUUCUCUUCAUUCAUGGCUCCUAGUUUGUCUAUGUUAGUUCUAUUUCUCUUUUUAGGGUUAGGUUCAAGCAUGGGUGAAGUUUAUAAGGUGGGAGACUCUGCUGGUUGGACUAUCCUUGGGAAUGUUAAUUACACUGCAUGGGCUUCAUCAAAGAAGUUCAAAGUUGGAGAUGUUCUUAUGUUUGAGUAUGAUAGCCAAUUUCAUAACGUGUUGGAAGUGAGCAAAGAUGACUACCAUGCAUGCAACAACGGCUCACCACUGACUACGUACUCCACCGGCAAUGACUCCAUAACAAUCAAACGUAGAGGCCACCAUUUCUUUCUUUGUGGCUUUCCCGGCCACUGUGCUGCUGGCCAAAAGCUUGAUGUUAGAAUUCCCAAAUUGCGCUCUUCCGGCGCCACCGCGUCUUCUCCCGCCGCCGCCGCCUCUUCUCCGGCCUCCUCCCUUGUUGUUCCUUCCGUUCCUCCGCCCUCCCCUUCCAUUGGCACUUCCUCUCCCUCUCCACGUCCUAACUCUGCCAUCCCUGCUUUUACUAAUUUCAGCUCAAGAGUUACUCUCAUUGUUACUUUUGUUGUUGCCAUGUUUUAUGUGUUUACAUGUUAGAUCAUUGUUUUGAUCUGUGCCUUUUGUUUAGAGACUUCAUUUUGUGAUGAAUGGUUUUCAUUUUUGUUCUGAUUU